CGAUGCUCCUCGCGCUGCUGUUUUUUUGGCGAGAAGAGAUGCCGAUAAAGAUGAUGGUUUGACAUCAGCACCGCGAAUCUCGCAGCACUGCAGCAUGACCUUGGACGUGCAAACGGUGGCGGUGUUCACUGUUAUCGCCAUUCUGCUGCUGGUCAACGUGAUUCUCAUAUUCUUCAUGGGCUCCAGCUAAAGGGUCUUCAGCAUGACUGACACACAGAUCUGUGAUCUGUGAUCGUUUCUUGUCUUGGAAACACCUGGGGCUGUUUCACGGCUGCUCAUAUCUGCAUUCUUCUCUAUACAGCAGUGGACAUGUUGAUCAGCGGAGGCUCAGUGGUCAGUGCGGAAGCAGUAUGGGAUCACGUGACGAUGGCCGAGAGGGAGUUGGCGUUCAAGGCGGGAGAUGUCAUCAAAGUCCUAGACGCCUCCAAUAAGGACUGGUGGUGGGGGCAAAUCGAUGACGAGGAGGGCUGGUUCCCUGCCAGCUUCGUGAGGCUAUGGGUUAACCAGGAAAACAUCGCUACCGAAUCCGCUGAGGGUGCCAGCGAGGUGCAGAACGGACACACUGACCCUAGCAACGGCUGCCUGUGCAUUGGCCAACCGCUGCAGAAUCGAGAUCAGAUGAGGGCUAAUGUUAUCAAUGAGAUCAUGAGUACUGAGCGUCACUACAUCAAACACCUGAAGGACAUAUGUGAGGGCUAUUUGAGGCAGUGCCGAAAGAGGAUCGACAUGUUCAAUGAUGACCAGCUGAAAGUGAUUUUUGGAAACAUUGAGGAUAUCUACAGGUUUCAAAUGGGAUUCGUGCGGGACUUGGAGAAACAGUACAAUAUUGAGGAACCCCAUCUCAGUGAAAUUGGGCCAUGUUUUUUGGAACAUCAAGAUGGUUUCUGGAUCUAUUCCGAGUAUUGCAACAACCAUCUAGAUGCCUGCAUGGAGCUCUCCAAGCUAAUGAAGGAUGGACGCUAUCAGCACUUUUUUGAAGCCUGUCGUCUCCUCCAGCAGAUGAUUGACAUUGCCAUUGAUGGCUUCCUCCUCACGCCUGUGCAGAAGAUAUGCAAAUAUCCUCUACAGCUUGCGGAGUUACUCAAGUACACGGCACAGGAGCAUAGUGAUUACCGCUAUGUGGCCGCAGCUCUUGCUGUCAUGAGGAACGUCACCCAACAAAUCAAUGAGCGCAAAAGAAGACUGGAGAACAUCGACAAGAUUGCACAAUGGCAAGCUUCGGUGCUGGACUGGGAGGGUGAUGACAUUCUGGACAGAAGUUCAGAGCUGAUCUACACGGGUGAGAUGUCCUGGAUCUAUCAGCCUUAUGGCAGAAGUCAGCAGCGGGUCUUCUUCCUUUUUGAUCAUCAGCUGGUCUUGUGCAAAAAGGACCUGAUACGACGGGAUAUACUUUACUACAAAGGACGCAUUGACAUGGAUAGAUACGCAGUGCGAGAUGCUAUUGAUGGACGGGAUGACGACUUUAACGUCAGCGUUAAAAAUGCUUUCAAGCUGCACAACAGAGACAGCGACGAGAUUCACAUCUUUUUGGCCAAGAAGCCAGAAGAGAAGAUCCGCUGGCUGAGGGCUUUUCAUGAGGAGCGCAAGAUGGUUCAAGAGGAUGAAAAAAUUGGUUUUGAAAUUUCUGAAUAUCAAAAAAAACAAGCUGCCAUGACAGUGCGUAAAGUUACCAAACAGAAAGGUGUGAGCCAGAGCAGGUGCGUGUCUCCCUCGGACCCCUCGUCUCACGGACCCUUCGUGCUCUCGGAUGACAUGCAGCAAUCAGAUCUAGUCGAAUUCCACGUUUCCAAAUCAGGACAAUCUCCAUUCUGGCAAAACUUUAAUAAGUUCACAUCAAAAAAUGGGAAGAAAUAGUUCCAGCAGAGAAGUUCUUGUAUUUAUUGACUACUGUAUGAACACACCACAAACCUCUAUCCGGAGAAAACUGACUGACAAUCAUAACCCUGAUGUGCUCAUUCACCACUAUUAUAUUGGCCUUGUGCUAUUUUGAAGGCGAACUUCAGUUGACCAGCAUACAGUGCUCAUUUGUCAACAGCUGAUCAAAGACAUUUGUUCCACAGCCAAAUAGUCUAAACAGGGUAUUCCUUUCACUUACCGAGCUGAUUUUAAAUUUAAUUCUUAGUAUGAGAUUAUUCCAGAUUUGUGAAAGUGUCACAAUCUUGUAUCUUGCGCUCUCCUCAAUGAAUCACUCACAAUGUAUGAUACUGACUGAACUCAUUUCAUAUAAAUAUUGAUGUUUUUGUAUGUCUAAAAGAGAAAAAAGGUCAAGUAGAUUUUUGAAUUUGCCUCCCAAUGGAGUUAUUUUUGAUUGUAUAAUAUACUUACUCUGCAGUAAGCACACUGAAACCAUCCAUACACAUUGUAUUCUUUUUCUGAUCAUAUUUUUGUUUGUUUAUCUGCUGUUGUUGAUUUGUAAUAGCUACUCUGAUACUAUUUAUUAUUGUAGUUCAUGGCAAAUAUUGAGCAAGUGCUUUGUUAUUUUACAUUCAGUAAUGUGCAGGAGUCUUAGGCCAAGAAAAUUCACCUUUUUGUUUUUUUGACAGUCACAUAUGUAUAUUUUUUAUUUUAGGUAAUUUAUUAUCUGUGUUAUUUUCCUUUUGUGUAACGCCAGAUGUCAUAACCAUAGACGUAUGGCCCAAGACUUCAUAGUGUGCUCAUGAGAAGAAGCUCUAAAUGAAAUCUUCAGCCCGUUUGCUAUAUUUUCAGUAAAUGAAUGUAAAUUAUAGAACAGCACAUUUAUAACAUCUGAGCAGUAGGACAGACCCCAUAGCUGUCAUUUGAAAAGUCUAACCCCCAAUACUGGUGGACUUGCUCACUCAAAAAGACUCUGAAUAUAGGUAAAUACAACCCAGAUACAUUCUGAAAACGUACCCGUAUGUACAUUUCUGGAGAACGCCGAAUACGAUCCAGGAGGUACAUUUUUUGCAAUUUUUUGUUUUCGCAAAUCCACCAGAGGUCGCUGUGUGCACUUUUUAAGAUUUCAAAUUUCUCUUCGAGUGCCGUUCACCCAUGCUCUUCUCAUGUAAAUCCACCAGAGACCGGUGUGUACGAUUUUUAAGAUCUCAAAUUUCUCUCGCAAGUGCCGUUCGCACAUGCUCUUCUCACAUAAAUCCUCUAGAGGUCUCUGUGUACACUUUUUGAGAUCUCAAAUUUCUCUUGAAAGUGCCAAUUGUGCCUGCUCUUCUUGCGACUGACUCAUUAACCAACCAACCGACUGAUCAUGCCACCCACGCCUUUCCCUAAACCCAAACGACACUGUUUUAAAAAGCACCGAUUGACCAACACCCACCCACUUACCUAAAUUUUUGAUUUUGGAUUUUGUUUUUGGGGCAAAGCAGUGGCGCAGUAGCUAGUGCUGUUGCCUCACAGCAAAAAGGUCGCUGGUUCGAUCCUCGGCUCAGUUGGCAUUUCUGUGUGGAGUUUGUAUGUUCUCCCUGCGUUCACGUGGGUUUCCUCUGGGUGCUCCGGUUUCCCCCACAGUCCAAAGACAUGUGGUACAUGUGAAUUGGUCCGUUGUGUAUGAGUGUGUGUGAAUGAGUGUUUGUGGAUGUUUCCCAGAGAUGGGUUGCGGCUGGAAGGGCAUCCACUGCUUAAAAACGUGCUGGAUAAGUUGGCGGUUCAUUCCACUGUGGCGACCCCAGAUUAAUAAAGGGACUAAGCCGACAAGAAAAUAAAUGAUUUUGUUUUUGUCCUACCCACUUUCUGGAACUGUUCUUAAUCGGACUUUAACACCGUCAUCGAUGUCAGUUACUCUCGUUAUCUCUAGUCCACCAACAUACCCGGUGAGCCACUGGACAAAUUGAUAAGAGCGGGAAAGCCGUCCACGUGGAGGUCAACGGGCAGCUGCUUGCGUGGAAAGGAAUGCCAUCAUACCACCUUGUAUCAUUUGUUAUAAAGACAAAAUGCAGCCAUACGUUCUUCUGGCUACAUAAUUCAAGAUCUCCAGAAAUGUAUAUAGGGUACAUUUUCAGAGUGAGCCUAUAUUGGGUAAAUAAGUUGCGGUUGAGGAAGUAGUGAUGGCCAUUCCAAGUAAUAGAACAUCUGUGACAUUUACUUCUGAAAUAAAUGUUUUGAAAGUGAUCUGGUCAGGCAAUGACCCAAAAAAUGUUUAUUAAUAAUGUCUUAACAAUCGUUUGUGUGACUGAAUUCAAUGACUUAACCCUUGUGUUUACUGUUAAGGACAACUGACAUCAUGAAAGGAAAUAGUUGUUCAGCAGGGUCAAACAUUAUAAAAGAAACCCUUUUUUAAAUAGGCUACAUACAUAUACAUUCAUUUAUUGUUAAUCGGUAAAUUAGAAGGCUACGUUUGGCACAAAGUAGACAAUGUAAGAAACCAUGGGAUGUGAAAACUGGGUUUGUAUGACAUAUGCUCAUAUCUAUAGAUACACCUAAGCAGUUAUGUGAUUUAUUCAUAACUAUAUAAUCUGUUGGUGUUCAGUAAUAAUGCACUUCCUUAUUUACUUUCUUAUGAAUGUUUAGUAUGAAUUUACAUAUUGUUAGCUGUAAUGAUGUGCUAUGUUUUAAAGUAAAGAGUGAAAAUCAAGUGCUUUCUGUUCUUUUUCUUUUCAUUUCUUGUAAUACUCUCCAUUCUGCAUAAAACCUUCAAAUUAAUCGAA